AUUUACAGUAAACUUACAAAGGUUUUGUUCAAAGAAAGGUCGUCUUUUCUCUCCAGUACGAUAAGGAUCGUUCCAAUUUAGAAUGUCCCACUACCCGAUCCGUAGGUUUGUUUCCGGAAGUCUUAUGUUUUGGUGUUGGCUCUGUAACUAGCUAGCAAGCCAACUAUCAUCUCUCAUUAACGCUGGUAUUUAUAUAUGUUUUUAUAUUUAUUAGAAUAGCCUCAUAUACAGUAACUGCUACAUCUUAUAUCACGAAAUGCUACAAAAAAAUAUAUUACUAGGGCAGUCACUGAGUCAGACAACAACUUCCAAUAGUAGCUAGCUUUGCUAGCCUGCUAACACAGACACAAGGUUUAGUUGGCAGUAUCUUUGCUGCUAACGUUAGCUUACUAUCAUUUUACUAGACUCGAUCGCAGGACUGAUUCGCCUGUACAAAAGUAGCUACACGUUACGAACGCUUAACUGUAGCUAGUUACACAUAGACAGUUUGCCAUGAUGUCCGAAGCCACCGUAACCUUCCAGUCUCAGCUCUCCGGAGUCAUGGAGACGGUAUUCAAGACUGCCAUGUACGAGAUCACAAGGCUGGUGGAGGAUAGCUUCCUGAAGGAGGUGUCCCGGAGCCGGGAGCAGGUUGAGUCGCUGAAGAAGCGGCUGCAGUGGUCGGAGAACAGACGCAGGGAGAGGGACAGAGACGGAGGUCGGACAGGGAAGUGUGGGGACUGUGGGAGGGCUGCCGAGGAGAGAAACUCUGGAACCUCACAGACAGAUGCAGAGAGGGAGCUUGGCCUGAAGCAGGAGAAGGUUCCAGGGGAGGAGUGGAGCAGCUGUGGGGCCGUGGCAGAGGAAACAGCCUCGCAUGAUCUGGAGGAGGCCGAGGCCACCAGCCCUAGGAGUACCUCUGAGUCCACAGAGGUCAGAGGUCAGAAGCAGGACAGCCUGCUGAAAGAGGAGGCUCUCCCCAACACUGAACUACGGGAGAGAUGGGCCGGCUGCCUGGACGGGGCCGAUGGUUUGGACGUCUCGGGGCCCAGUAAGAGUUUCAGUGAGCAGGAGCUGCAGCAGUGCCAGGAUGACUGGGGAUCCGGUCUAGACCAGGGGCCUGAACCACCGGGUCCCGAGGGAGACCCAGGGGACCCCACUGACCCUCUCUACCGCCCUCGUUACAGCAUGGAGGAACUGGGGGGCGGCUUUGAGAAGUCUGGUUACGGCGGUGGUGGUGGUGGCGACCAUAUUCUAGACAUGGAAGGGCUGGAUAGGCUUCCUGGUUCCUCGUCUCGUCUGGGGGCGCUGAGCUACGGAGCUGUGGGUCACUACCAGGUGAACCUGGUGGGGUCUGAGGGGGGAGACCAUCACCAUCGCUCCCACAUGACUGGCCCCCAUCAGAGCAUGAGGGAGCGGAUGGGGUCGCUAACGAGGUCCCCCCACCAGGAGGUGGGAGACCUGAACUGCCUGUUGAUCAACGAGGAGGGGUACCCUGAACACGGUGUUCCGGACAUGGGUAGCAGAGCUGGCCAAAGGGGUCUAACCUCCAUCCACUCUGGAAGCUCAGCCCACAACAACACAGAGAGCCUGUAUGGUGCCGCUGAUGACUUUGGACACUCUCUAAACCUGAGAGAUCGUUCACAAGAGCAGGUAACCGGAGGAGGGGGGAGGCGUCACGCCUGCAAUCAAUGCACAAUGACCUUCCCAGACUCUGGUUCCCUCAAGGCCCACAAGGAGAAACACAAAACUGGGAGAUGGUCGAGUUUAGGGCCAGGGCGUCUGUACUCCCGCACCCAGUGCGGUAAGACCUUCACCCAGGCCUGCAACCUCAAGGUCCACCAGGCCGAGGGACUCCACCUCUGCAGAGAUUGCGGCAAGGGCUUCACCUCCUUCUCCGACCUGAAGAGGCACAAAUGCAGCCAGACGACAGACAAGCCCUACUGCUGCUCCCUCUGCGGGAACAAGUUCAGUCGGCUCUGGAACCUCAAGCUGCAUCAGCGCAUUCACACGCAGGAGAAACCCCACCGCUGCACCAUGUGUGACAAGAGCUUCACACGGGCAGACAUUUUGAAGGUGCACAAGCGCACCCACACUGGGGAGAGACCGUACUGCUGUGCUGUGUGUGGACUCCGCUUCAAACAACUGAACCAUCUGAAGUCACACCAGCACAAACACAGGCCGAAUCUCGUGGACUGAGUGGUGGUCUAGAAAACAACUAUUUUUUGUUUAGUUUUAAUUUGACAUUGAGAACAUUUAUUUUUUGGGUGAUCAAUUGUUUAUUAAUAAGGACAUUGAAAAUAUGAACUGUUGGAAAUCUAACCCUGUGUUGAAUAAGAAUGUAUGCCUUAAAUUAUAGACUGUCUAUGAAUUGUCUGUCAUAAUGACCAUGCCAACCUAACAAACAUUUGAAAAUGGGGCAUUCAUGUGCUUGUGGGAUGUCGUAAGUCUGCCAUGAUUGUGUUCAAGUGCUUUUGAAGUCCGAACAAAUCUUCAACCAAUAAACAUUUAGCUAGUUAA